AUGGAUGUCGAUGAAGAUAUCCACAAGUACGGCGAAUACGUACGAGGGGCACCCCGAGAAGUCAUCACUGUAGAGACCAAGAUCAAGCCUACGAACAAGGGCUUCGCUAUGCUCUCAAAGCUAGGAUGGUCUGAAGGGCAACCGCUUGGUAUAUCUGGCGAUGGACGAGUGGAUCCUAUCCCUUUUCAAAUGAAGGCCGAUUUUACCGGGGUAGGGAAGAUCAAUCAAGACGUCCGAAUGAUAGAAACUACUGUUUCUCAACGUCGAGAAUUGGACUCUGAGCGUCAGCACAAAGAAACUGAAGAUCAACGCCGCGCUCGACAAGACGACGCUGCACGCCGUUCAGCUCUCGCAAAUGAGCUCGUCGAUACCCUCAAGCCCUUCUAUUGCAGUCUCUGCGAUAAGCAGUUCAAAAAUGUUACGCAGUACGAUGAGCACACGAAUUCUUACGCUCAUCAUCACAAGGCACGGUUCAGAGAUAUGCAGGCGAACGUUCGUAUCAAACCGCAGGAUGAGGUUGAUAAGCGGAAGGAGAAGGAGCGAAAGCGGGAGGAAAGGGAACUGAGAAAGAUUGCAGCGGCAAACGGCGUGAAGAUGACUAAAUCUUUGAGCCUUGUGACAGCGACCAGCCCGGAUUCUGGGGAUUCUGCUUCCCAGCCCUCGAUACCGCAUAUCACAUCUGGCAAUGCACAAUCAGGCUUCAAAAAGUCUGGGUGGGCUACCAUCGGGUCAUCCUCGUUACCUCCACAGCCACCUCCCACUGAGCCACACAGCUCAGCUACUGUGACGAAUGGGCACCCGCCAUCAUUAGAAGAGCAGGGGGCACCUUCGAAGGGAGGUUGGCGUCUCAUCCCUCCAGCAUCUGCAUCUGUUUCCCUAUCGUCGGCAGACCAUUCACAGCAUCCACUUAUGGCGAAUCCAGACUCGCCUACCCCCCCAGCGCCGUCAUCAGCUUCGAACGACCCUGCAAAACCAUCAAAGGCACAGGCAAGUCGUGCCGGGUGGCAGCAGUUCCAGAAAUCCAAUCAAAGGCGGAAAUAG